CUGGUCUCUACCGUCGCCUACUUCUACUCCAACAGCGCAGCAGCCCUACUUUGCGACCCCGGCCGCAGCGACACACUACUACACGAUGGACGAUGACCCGUGGGCCGACACGCCGGCGACGCCGCCCCGCGUCUCGGUGUCCAAGGAUGGCGCGACGACGGGGAGCGAUCUGAGCACGGGCGCUGGCGCCAGCGCGGCGGUGAGCGCGCCGCUCGUCGAGGAAGAGGAGCAUGAGCAUGAGCAUACCGACGAGGCCAAGCACCAGGAGAUCGAGCACGAUACAUCACAUACGACUGCGAAUGAGGAGGCCGACGCGGCGCCAGUACACGAGGCCGCGGAGCACACCGAGCCAGAAGAGCCGCCAGAGCCAGCGCCAGCACCUCACGACGCCUUUGCCAGCGACGACCUCGACGCGGGCUUUGGCUCGGCAUCAGCACCAGAACCAGACCCGUACGCCGCCGCACCAACGCUUGCGCCGCCGCCCGCGGGCGGAGGGUUCGAGGACGACGGCUUCGAUGACUUUGACGACUUUGACGCGCCGGCUGCGGCGGGGCCGAGCUCGGCGGCGUUCGACGCCGGCUUUGGCGACGACGACGGGUUUGGAGACUUUGGCGACGUGCAGGAGUUUGACGGCGGGUUCGUGGAGCCUGCUGCGCCGCCAGCGCCGGCGUUCGAGGCAUGGUCUGCUCUGUCCCUUCGUCCAGUCCCACCCCGCCGCGAGCUGCUAGAGCGCAUCACGGCUGUUCUGUCCCCGCUCGCACCAGACGCCGACGCGUUCACUGACGAGCCGAUGCGCGACGUCGACGAACUUCACCAGGUGCUCGUUGCCGAGUCGAGCCGUGUAUCGUACGCCAAGCUCACGACGGCGCCGAUUCUCAAGCCGCUCGACUGGACGCGGUCCCGCGUGCGCCGCGACCACCUGAUCUCGAUGGGCGUGCCCGUCAACCUCGACGAGGUGGACUCGCACCGCCUUGCCGCGCUCCCGCCGCUGCACAUCAGCACCAAGGGGCUGGGCGAGGUGCGCCGGUCGACGUCGCGCGAGCCGGCGAGCGCAGGCGGUAACAACAACGGCAAGGGCAAGGCGCGGGAUAGCUUUGGGGGCAGCGCGCCGGCGAGCGCCACGCCGCACACGAACGGCGACGCCGAGCGGAGCAAGUAUGGGCUUGGGGAGCGGCCGAUCGUCGACGUGCCCCGCGCCGAAGAGCUGUGCGGGCUCGACGAGGACGCGCUCAGCAUCAUGCCGCUUGCACGGCUGCGCGCGCUGCAGGACGAGCUCGAGCGGCACACGGCGGACGGGAGCGAGCUGCUGGCGUGGUUCCUCCAGCUCAAGGAUGCGCAGAAGCAGGACUCGGAUACUUACAACGGCAUGAUCUCCGAGCUCAUCGCCAACGCCGCCAAGGUCAAGCAGCCUGGCAGCGGCGGCGGCUUAUUCCGCCGUGGGAGCGCGCGCUCCAGGCCAGCGAGCAUGAGCGCGAGCGCUACGCCCCGGCGGGUUGCGUCGCCCGGCGUGUUCACAGGAUAGGGGGCUUGUAUGCAUUUUGUGGGUGUGUGGG